AUGGUCGUUGCUGAGAGUGAAUUUAUGAGGGCUAAUAUCCCUUCUGACGUCUCAGGACAGACUUAUGUUGUGUUCUAUUGUGAAAUGAAGGUCAUUCCGGACACUGAUGAGAAUAUGGAUUGGAAAGCAGAACUUGGUCUUUAUAAGGACACGAAUUGCUUCUUCCGCGUUAGUAGUGAUGGUCACUAUUACACUGCUACUACUAAGCGAAUGUUUAGCGAGCCUCUAACUGGCAGUGUCGUCUUUGGAGUUGGUCAGAUCUUUCCUCCACGCAACAAGCCAAAUGCACCGACCCAAAUAUUCUUUACAAUGAAUGGGAAACAAAUCGACAAGACAAUUCUGAUGUCAGAAGAUGUUGAUUUACUUCCACACAUCAUUGUUAAGAAUUGCGAUGCAGAGGUCAACUUUGGCAUGGAUGACAACAAGCCUUUCACUUACGACAUUGGAAAGCACGAAGCUGCUUAUGAGAAUCAAUGGAAUUGA